AUAAACCCUCAACAAAUAUCCACAGCCAAACGCGGAUGGCUCUGUAACUGUAAGCGCGCACGACCAAGCAAGGGUUUUGUGCCCACUCCCGAAGCCUCGCCGAAAUCGCCAUAUGAAGUGCCGGUGCCGUGCUAUGUAUCGCGCUUAAUGAUGCUGGUGCUUCUGCUUUACGGCAUCAGCCGUUUCAGCAUCGCAGCCGGCAUCGGCCCAAACACACAAGGCUGUUCACCCGAAGGGCCACGCAGUGAUUGCGGCUAUUACGGAAUUCAACAAGCCGAGUGUGAGCAGCGCGGCUGCUGCUGGUUUCCGGUGGCUGCGGCCGCAGCGGCUACAGCCGCUGAUGGGCGCGGCACCGAAAGCAGCGCCAGCGGCCGCGCGGCCCCGGCCACCGACACCAUUGGCAGCCACAACGACAUCCCCUGGUGCUUCCACCCGAAUGCCGUACAGACCGUGUAUGCAGUCCAGUCGGUGGAGAAGGUGGACCCAGGCGGCAGUGGGGCUGUGACGCGCAUGCUGCUGCAGCUGCGCCCGGGCCCGGCCGCUGUGCCGGAGCUGGGGCCGGACUUUGAGAUGUUACAGGUGGAGCUGCAGCAGCAGACGCCGCAGCGGCUGUACCUGCGUGUCAGCCCUCUGCCCAGCCCAGGCGGAGGAGGUGCGGGUGGUGCCGCCACAGGUCAGGCGCAGUCGCAGCCGCACCAGGAGCGGUGGCGUGUUCCCGAGCAGCUGCUGCCGCGGCCUCCGCCGCCCACUGCGCUGCCCGAGGCCCCGCUGUAUCAGCUGCAGCUGCCGCAGCCCGGAGAUGACUUCAGCCUGCACGUCACCAGGCAGCCUGAGUCCCAGGCGGAGGUUGCGGCAGAGGCAGGUACAGAGGCGGCGGUGGAGGCGGCGGCCGCGGGCCAGUCCCUGCUGGAGGUGUUGGGGGGCAGCUGCCUGGUGUUCAAGCCGCAGUACCUCCAGCUGAGAAUGAGGGUGCCGCAGCAGACCAACCUGUACGGCAUGGGAGAGGCGACGCUGCCCGACGGGCUGCGGCUACGCCGGGACGGUGUGGCCCGGGCGCUGUGGAACUCCGACACCCCCGCUGCUGCCGUGGGCGUUAACCUGUACGGCUCCCACCCCGUGCUGUACGGCAUCGUGCCCGGCUCCGGCGGUACCGCCUGGGGCGUGUUCCUAGCCAACAGCAACGCAAUGGAGUUCGCGGCGGGCAGCAAUGACGUCACUUUCAGGCUGACAGGCGGUGAUUUGGAGCUGUGGCUGCUGGCCGGCCCCACUCCCGAGGACGUCAGCCGGCAGUACCUGCAGCUGGUGGGCGCACCCGCACUGCCGCCGCGCUGGGCCCUGGGCUUCCACCAGAGCAGGUACGGCUACGCGGACGUGUCCGAGCUGGAGGCCGUGGUGGCGGGCUUCGAGGCGGCGCAGCUGCCUCUGGAGGUGCUGUGGAGCGACAUAGACAUGUACGACCGCGCACGCAUGUUCACAACCGACUCGGAGCGCUACCCGGUGGACCGACUGCGCGGCCUGGUAGACAGGCUGCACGGCAGCGGCCGGCGCUGGGUGCCCAUUGUGGACUGCGGCAUCACGGCGCUGCCGGGCCAGGCCUACCCGCCCUACGACCGCGGGCUGGCGGCCGGCGUGUUCCUCAGAGACAGCGGCGGCCGCCAGCCGCUGCUGGGGCAGGUGUGGUCGGGCCCCACCCACUGGCCGGACUUCCUGCACCCCAACACCUCCGAGUACUGGGGCGGCCUGCUGUCUGACAUGGCGGCCCGGCUGCCGUACGACGGGCUUUGGUUGGACAUGAACGAGCCCUCCAACUUCUGUACGGGCCAAUGCAGACUGCGGCAGAGCCCCGGGCACGUCCAGGGAGGGGGCGGCGCAGAGGCCGUCAACGGCCGCAAUGAUGGCAACGCCAACAGCAGGCAGUGGGGAAAGAGGGACGUUGCAGAUGAGGCAGGCAUAUGGGAGGGGGCACGGCGGCCAGAAACGGUGGGAAUGCGGCGCGAGGUAGGCGCCGGUGCGAAGGCGGUCACAACCCGCCCGGCCGCGCGGCUGCGGCUGCAGCAGCUGGGCAUUUCGUGUGACCUGGACUGCACCGCGCCCAGCCCCGACGACCCGCUGUCGUAUCCGCCUUACGCGGUCAACAACGGCAACCGCCGCGCGCCGCUGUACGUCAACACAGUGCCCAUGAACGCGGUCGGGUACGGCGGUGUACGGCAGUACGACUCACACAACCUGUACGCGCUGGCUGAGGUGGCGGUGACACACGGCGCGCUGCAAGCCAUCCUGCCAGGCUCGCGGCCCUUCAUCCUCACGCGUUCCACCUGGGCCGGCAGCGGGCGCUACGCGGCGCACUGGAGCGGCGACAACGGCGCCAGCUGGGAGGACCUGGCGCGGGGCGGUGGGUCGCUGCUGGCAGCCUCACUGGCAGGCAUAAGCAUGGCAGGCGCGGACGUGUGCGGCUUCUGGGGAGCCACCUCGGAGCAGCUGUGCGCACGGUGGCUGGCUGCCGGCUCCUUCUACACCUUCACUCGCGACCACAGCGACCACUCGCCGCAGGAGCCCUACCGCUUCCCAGCCGCCGCACAGGCCGCACGCAACUCGCUGCGGGCUAGGUACGCGCUGCUGCCGUACUUAUACACAGCGCUGUACGACGUGCACACGGGGCGUGCCGGCACGGUGGCGCGGCCGCUGGCCUGGGAGUUCCCCUCCGACCCGCGCGUGGCGGACCUGUCCACACAGUGGCUGCUGGGCGACUCGCUGCUGGUGGCUCCGGUGCUGCGGCCCGACACGGACUGGACGGAGGCGGUGUUCCCGGCCGGCGCCCGCAGCACCUGGUGCCGACUGAGCGACCUGGGGGACUGCCACACGGGCCCCGCCCAGCACCUGGUGCAGUCGCCACUGGGCUCCGAGCCGCCGCUGUUCCUGCGGGCCGGCGCCAUCAUCCCCACCCAGCCCUUCCGCCCCGCCGCCACCACCACAGCUGAGGUGGCUGCUUCGCCGCUCGCCCUUACAGCACUGCUGUCGAGUGCUAGCGAGGCCAGUGGAAGCAGCAGCAACAGCAGCAGCAGCGGCUCUGCUGAAGGCGGCGGCGGCCCGCCGGCACCACUGGUCGAGGAGGAUGUGGACUGGGUGGCAGCGGGGCGCUUGUACGCCGACAAUGGCACAGACCCGAGGGUUGAUGGCGCAGACUGCCUGCGGGUGGAGCUGCGUGCCGGCGCCCUGUUGGCGGCGGGUACUGGCUACCUGGCGUAUGAGGUGCAGCGGCCACCAGCAGUAGCAGUGGAAGCCGGCAGUAGCAGUGGGCGUGGCAGUCAGGGGCGAGGCAGUAGCAGCGGCAGCAGCAGCAAACUGCCCCAGGACGGCACAGGAAGCAGUAGCGGCAAUGACAGCAGCAGUGGCGGCGGCGGCGGCGGUGUCGCAGCAGGUGGCGGCGUGAGGACUGCAGGUGGUGGCGCGGACACGGACGUACGACUGCUGCGUGUGGCGGAGGUGGUGGUGGUGGGAGUGGUGCUGCCGCCGGGUGCCGGUGCCUUCGAGGUGCAGGUGGAGGUGGGAGGGCAGCUGAAGCCGCCGGAGCAGCCGAGGGGUGCCAAGCGGAGCGUGAAGCGGCCUGGCGGUCAUUCCCUGCAGUCGCAGUCGCAGGUUCCAAGGCGGCUUGCGGGGUGGGCGGCUGCUGGCGGCAGCUCGGCCAACAGCCGCAAUGGUGGAGAAGUGGUUGGCAUGUGGGAUGGCGACGGCGCGGGAGGUGGCUGCGGUCACGCCUCGCACCAGGAGGUGAUGCGGCGCCGCAAGCCGGCGCAGGCGCAGGCAUCAGCCAGGGGGGCUCGAGUGCCGGUGCCGGCGACUGCGGUGGAGUUUGACCCGGUGCGUCAGCUGCUGCGGGUCCGGGGCCUGGAGCUGUCGGCAGUGGUGUCGUUCCGCUUGGAGUGGAAGCCGCUCACAGCUCCGCCUCACAGCACUACAGGCUUCUCAUCAGUGCCCAGGUGGCAGCCGGAAGAGGCCCGUGCGGCUGCCUGAGUGCCUGGGCCGAAUGUGCACAGGAGCUUUGGAUGCGAUCGGACUGGGUAGCGUGCAGGUUGGCCGUUGGCGUAGUUUCACAGACCCCAACGGGAGCUUUGGAUGGUGCUGGUGUAGUUGGGGGAGGAGGUUGUUGAAAUGUUUGAAUGUGCGCCGAGGGUACCGUAUGUCAGGCGCAGGGGGAGGAAGGUUAUGGCCGUUGGGUAGGGUCCAAAGCGCCACAAGGAGGACAGAUGUGCACAGUAGUUCACAGGAGCGCUGGACACAACGCGUGUUGGCCGGUGUUGAUGGGUGGUGUUGAUAAACACCGAUUUUGGAGGGAGGAGCCGCCUAGGCCUUCUUGACCCGGAACUUCUGGACACGGGCCCUGACGGGCCCGCCCCUUGCAGGUUUUGCACACACCGCGGAUGCACGUGAUCAUAAUGGCAGCCUUGUGCGCCUUGGCCUUUGGCUUGCCCUUGCCCUUCAGGGCCGCCGAAAUGGCGUCCUUGUGCGCCUUGGCCUUCGGCUUGCCCUUGCCCUUCAUGGCCGCCGAACUGGCGUCCUUGUGCGCCUUGGACAGCGUCAUGCCCUUGCCGUAGGUGUUGCCAACGUUCCUCCUGGUGCUGGCCACUUGUGCCGUCGGCCGCUCAAUCUCAAUGGCGGCCAGACUAAAGCGCUGUAGUUAGCUAACGCAUGGUAGUUGCCAGGACGUUGCCAGGACUUGCCGCGCCGCUCCCCGCGACUAUACCGUACGGUAACAUUAAGACGCCUGGCGGGCUGGCUGUAAUAGUGUGUUGCUUAUCCAAGCGUUUAAGUGGCUUGAUGAGUUGCUGCUGACCGUGAACUGAGCGCCAGAGGCGGGGACGAGUUGAACUGUUGGCUGGCGGCGAGCUGAAAUGCUGUUGCGCUCUCCUCAGGUGCCUC